CGAUGCUUGGGCUUAAGCUAGAUGAGUGUUUCGGAGGCCCAAUUACAAUUAUACGCUUCUUGGGCCUGAUAUCUUUUCGUAGUGUGUGCCAAAGGAGAAGUCCUUCAUGUAGAAACAGUCCAUUCUUGUAGAAAGCAUUAACUGGAGUUUGAAUUCCAGAUUUUUUCGCAACUUCAAGUCUCCAUUGUCGUGCUUUGAAUUUCACUGCAAGCUCUGAAACAACCGUCUCAUGCAUGCAUGUUCUACGUAAGAGGCUGCAACAUAACUCUCGAUGAGGAUGAGGAUGACGAUAUAGCUUUUACCACGAAUUUAACGUUCCAACUUAUUCAGAAAACGUACAGGUCACUAUUUUAACGUUCAAAAUCCAGAAAUCUCACCGGAAGGCGCCAUUUUUCUUCGACCCUGACGACGAUGGUGAGGGUAUAGCCGUACCAGUCACCUUCCAGAAAGGCUGCAAGCCAAAUUGCCAAUCACUGCCUAUUCUUUUGUAUAUGUUCUACUUAUACCAGGGGCGGAUACAUGGGCCUCUAGGGUUGUCCCGGUACACCUCUAAAAUUUGGGGAAAUGAUUAUCCAACCUCCGGUAGUAGUUUCGUAUGGAUAUACAAAAUAUAAUUGGUAAUCCGGGACACCCUAACAUUUGAAAAAAUGAUUAUCCUACCCUCGAUAAUAGUUUGCUUAUGAUUAACAAAAUAUAAGUGGUAGUCCGUGUUAUUCCAACCUAGGACACUACUAUUAUCAAACAUAUUUUAAUUAUGUUGCUACUCAUUUGUUAUUCUAUUUUAAACAUCAUGCAACAGUAAAACGCUAUUUCUUUAUCCCCAACUAUUUUCAAUACCUAAUAAUUAAACUACGUACACACUACCCUUAAUUUUGAAUUAAUUUUAUGGUUAUACGGCAAGUGUUGAAAGAGUCUUUUCUACUUUGAGCUACAUUAAGAACAAUGUUAGAAAUUGAAUAUGUGAUAAGUUCGUGAAGUAUUGUCUAGUAGGAUAAGUAGAUUUUUUUAACAGUGCAGACACGGAGUUUAUUUAUAUUAUUUUUUCAAAAUAUGAAUUUUAAUUUAUUAUUUAAUAAAAAAUUUAUACAAAUUAUACAAGUACGAUAUUUUUAAUAUACGAAUUAUUUAAUUUAUUAUAUAAUUAAAUUUAAUUUUUGAAGAGGACACCCCUGUGAAAAUUUUCUGAAUCCGCCACUGACUUAUACCACUUGCCACAAGUUUUCAGCAGUACUGCAAGUGUUACGCUCUGAUUGGCAACGAGGGGCGCAUAUUUGAGGAGGGUGCAAAUUGAGGUGCAAAUGGUUGGGGAGCAAAUUAUAGGAGGGUGCAAAUUGGAGCGUAAAUUCAUGUUUGGAAGAAAAAGUAAGGGGGUGUAAAUAAGAAUGUGGGAUAUAUUAUAUUAAUUAUAAUAUUCUGUUAAAAAUUAAUUUUAAUAUUUUAAAAACUAAAUUCAUUUUCUUUAUAAUUUUCCUUUUCCCUCGCGUGGUUGCCAGCCCAUCAUACCUUCUCUCUCACUUUCUCUCCCCAUAUCCCACUUUCACCUUCAUUCUCGAUCUCCCCUUCCUCAAAACAAAAACUGCAUUUCUUCCAUCGAUUUCCAGUUUUGAAAAUCUCCGCCAAUUUCCCAUCGUCGAUCUCUUUUCAAAAAUGCAGAGAAGCGUGAAGCAGAGAAGGCCCCUUCAUCUCUUCCAUCGAUUUCCAGUUCUGAAAAUCGUCGCCGUUUUAAAAGCACAGUUAAGAAUUUCCGCUGUCGUUCUGAACCCAUGGGGCUCUCAGAGCUCAAAUCGGAGAUAUGAAAUCGCCGCCACCGUCGUUCUCAAACCUGAGGGCGUUCAGCGCUCAGAGCGUAGAUCUAAAAUCGACACCUUCGUCAAGGUCGGAGAAGCGACGGAGAACUAAGGCAGCGAGACUGAGCAGGGAGAACCUCCGGCGACUACUCGGCUGGAGGAAAAAGGGUUCUUGCAUGUCUUCAUCUGAUUUUUUCUCUUAAAUUGUGGGUAGAUUAAUUUUUUUAAUUUUCAGUUCAAAUCGACUGGGUAAUUUGGAUUCUUAUCAAAGGUGGAAAUCGAAAAUGAGAACUAGGGUUAUCGUCGGAGUGGCUAUCGGGACGGCGGGAUUGGGUUUCUUGUUGGAGAUGGAAAUCGGAGGGUCUUCUCGUUUGCUUGAAAAGAAGAAAAUAAAAAGGAAAAAAUGAGUUGCUCGUUACUUCUUGCACCCCGAUUUGGGGUGAGUUGGAACAGUGCUUUUGCACCCAGUUUACAAACCUCUGCUUCUAUUCAAAAUCAUCCAAACGGGUGCUUCUUCCUCGAUAAAACCAUUUGCACCCAAAAUUUGCUCCCCAGCCUUUGCUCCUCUUCCCAAACGGAGCGUAAAAGAGCGUAUCUUACAUGCACAAAUAUAAAAACUAAGUGAAGAACAAACUUCAAAGUUAGAUGAGUGGUGGAGUUAUGCAUGAUUUCUUGAUAGGAUAUGUUAUGCGUGAUAUUUAUACAAUUGUAAUAAUUAAUAUAUUGUUGAUGUGAUUUGAAUCGGAUUAUUAGCCGCUAGGACUAGAUUAGUCGGUGGUCUGUAACCGUUUUCUUUGCUAGAUUGGAUUAGGUUUAGACCCACAUGGAGAAGUACUAUAAAUACUUCCCAUACUUCUCUGUAAGCUGUAAUCUUCUCGAUAUAGUGAAACUGGCUCUCUCUCGCUCGUGGACGUAGCUAACACACAUGGUGUUAGAGAACCACGUAAAUUGUGUGUCGUGUUUUCGAUUCUUGCUUUCGUAUUCUUGUUUUGUCGAUUCCAGAGAUUUCCCAAUCCGUAGCAGCGCGUUUAUAAUAUAUAUAUAUAAUCCGGAACACAUGUUAUAGGUAAUCGUAAGAUAUUAUUUAAAUGAAUUCAUCUGGUUGAUUAUUAUUUUGUAAGUCGAAUUCACCUUGGACGUCACGACAUCCUGACCACACCAACAUUCAUUGAUCGAAGAAGCAUAUGACACGUAAGCAAUGGCACGCGCGAGUACCAAAAAUACGUACAUCACGAGAUCUGUCGCGAUCUAUUUUUUUAUGCUACUAGAUACUUCCUUUUUCAUUUUAGGCAAAAUACACUUGUAUAGUCAAAACUUUUGCGUUUUUGUCAAUAAUAGCCAAAUUUGAAGAAAUACCACUUAUAGCCACUUCCGUUCAAUACUUUAACAGUGUCAUCUAACAUGCUGACUGGACUAACGAAAAUGCUAAUUUGGCGACGUUUCAUCACCAGCAAUGCCAUGUAGAUUAAUAAAAAAAUAAAUGAAAAUAAAAUUUAAUGAAAAUAAAAAAUAAAU